GUUGGUAUAUAUCACUGUCGUGUCGUGCGUGUUACACUGUGCUGCGGACAAAAACCACAACAACCUCAUUAUCAUCAUCUUAUCUUCAUUUCUGCGUACGUUUUCUUCUCCUUCUUCCUCAAAUCACAAAAUGCUCUCUCUUUCUUCCUUCUGUUGCCGCAAAUCCCAAUCGUAUUAGCUACUUCAUCGUUGAAUUUACUGGUGAGGGUGAUUUCUGCCUGAUUUUUUAAAGUUGUUUCCGUUAUUGAUGUACUGAGAGGAAGAUGCACGAAUUCUCUACCGUUGAUGGUUUUGUGGAGAUAAGUGAAUGCAUGGCGGAUAUGAUCAAGUAUGUCGCCAAUGAACCAUCCGUGGGGCUUUACUUUAUCCAACAACAUGCUCAAAAUGCAGUGCCAAAUGUCGUCAAAGCUGACAAAGACAUUGUUGAAAAGGUUCACGAAACAGCUUUGAGCACGGAAGACUUGGAGGAUUCUAUUACAGCGGUUCGAUCGAUGAAAGACUGUGGAUUUUCCAUAGUUGAUGAAAUGAUAGGAGACAUAAACAAAUCUCUUGAAAUUAUGAAAACAAAAAAGCCAAAAAGCGGGUUAACCCUUUCAUCAACAUCGACACCCAGGUCUCAGACAGAAAGAACUAAUUUUUGGGGUAAUCGUUCACUUUAUGCUCAGGAAGGUGAUGAUAAAAAGAGUAACUAUUUUUCGAAUGUUUUAAAGACGGCGAAACAAAAGGUUAGCAAUCUCAAGUGGCAACAGAGUGACGAUAAAGGACCAAUAUAUUCCAAGGAAGAGAAGUUGCAAUACCCUGAUUUGCCGCUAUCGAUCACAUCAGACGGUAUAACUUCAUAUGUACAGGCUACUGAACCUGAUGAAUUGCCUGUAUCGAGCCAGGUUGAAGACGAGUCUCAACACUUACAAACUGAUGAUAGCGAGAUUAGUAUUAAGUUGCUGUCGUUAUCAGAAAGGUUUGACGACUUCAAAGCUAAUAAGGAAGCUAAACUAGAAGAGUGGCUCGAAGGAACCAGCAACCAUGAUGAUUCUUGCAAUACCAAUGAUGAAAAAAGAGUUGAGAAGCAUCUCGAAAAUGGCGAGAAGACAAAAGUUGGAGAUGGUGGCUUCUAAAGUGAUGUUCUAUAAUGCAUGCAGUUCUGUCAGGGACCUUCAAGAUAAGUCCGGUUGUAGCAUAGCAUGUUAUAUAAUAUUGUAGUUCUUAGAGCUUUGAGAAGAUUAAGUCUUGUAAAUGCAAAAUUGGUACUGUUAUAUAAUAUUGUAGUUGAAAUGUUCAGGGGUCAUUAUUUUAGUGACUGAUAGACACCAUAGUUGCAAAUUGCGAUAAAACCGACCCGGCAAUAAAGAGGUGUAGCAGGAAUUCCAGACUACAAUUUUUUUCUUCUUAA